UUGGCAGGAGAGAGACCAGACUCUCCCUCUGACAGACGGAAGAGUCCUUCAGGGGAAACAGACCCAGAGACUCCCAAAGCAGUGAGACGACAUCACUGCUCCCUGUGUGGAAGGAGUUUUACCAAGUUAGGGAACCUAAAAGAGCAUGAGAGAAAACACACAGGAGAAAAGCCUUUCCAAUGCUCCCAGUGUGGAAAGAGAUUUUCACGAACUCAUGAACUAAUAUUACAUGAAAGGACACACACAGGGGAAAAACCACACAGUUGCUCCCAGUGUGGAAAGAGUUUUACGCAGUUAGGGAACUUAAAAAAACACAAGAGAGUACACUCUGGAGAAAAGCCUUACCCCUGUUCCCAUUGUGGAAAAUAUUUUAGGUUGUCAGAACACUUAAAAUCACAUGAGAGGACACACACAGGGGAAAAAACACACAAUUGCGUCCAGUGUGGAAAGAGUUUUUCCCAUCUAGGGAACCUAAAAAAACAUAAGAGAAUACACACCGGAGAGAAGCCUUACCCCUGUUCCCAUUGUGGAAAGAAUUUUAGGUUAUUACAAAACUUAAAAUCACAUGAGAGGACACACACAGGGGAAAAACCACACAAUUGCAUCCAGUGUGGAAAGAGUUUUUCCCAUUUAGGGAACCUGAACAAACAUAAGAAAAUACACUCUGGAGAGAAACCUUACCCCUGUUCUCAUUGCGGAAAGAAUUUUACAUUGUCAGAAAGCUUAAAAUCACAUGAGAGGACACACACAGGGGGAAAACCACACAAUUGCUCCCAGUGUGGAAAGAGUUUUUCCCACUCAGCGACCCUGAAUCAACAUAAGAGAAUACAUUCUCGAGAUAAGCCUUACCACUGUUCCCAAUGUGGAAAGAAUUUUGCAUUGUCAGAUAACCUGAAAGAGCAUGAGAGGACACACACAGGAGAGAAGCCUUACCAAUGCUCCCAGUGUGGAAAGAGAUUUUCAACAUCACCGGACCUAAAGAAGCAUGAAAGGACACACACAGGAGAAAAUCCUUACCACUGCUCCCAGUGUGGAAAGAGUUUUACUGACUUAGAUAGCCUGAACGUACAUAAGCUAAUACACUCUAAAGCGAAACCGUACCAUUGUUCCCAGUGUGGAAAGAGUUUUACUAAGCUAGGGAACCUGAAAAGGCAUGUGGACAAACACACACAGGGGAGGAUAACCUCACAGUUUGGAAAGAGUUUUAGUUAGGGAACCCAAUUGUGGAAAGACAUUUUCCCAGACAGAGGACCUGAAAUCACAUGACAGAAUAGACAGGCUGUGUUCUGAUGAGUCACUGUGUUCUGACUGAUGUUUGACCAUUGUUUUAUGUCACAUUAAAUCAUAUUGUUUAUAUUAAAUUUAACUAAAAUAUAGGCCUCUACUUUUGUUUUAGUUUUUUCCCCUGGAGACAUGAUUAUGUCUACAAUAAGAUUACAAUUUUAAAAUGUGUUUAAUUGAAUACAAGUAUGAACCCUUAUUAUUCCACAAUGUGCCGAUUGUAAAAAUGAUUUGAUUAAUGCAACGUUAUCUGAAUAAACUGUAUAGAAUG